CCAGGAGCCGAGCCGAGCUGAGGGAUGGAGUCGGAGGAAGAGUGAGGUGUCUUUUGUCCCUUCGGCGUCUGCGAGCGGGCGCUGCGCGGGAUCCUUCGGGCGAGCAGCAUGACAGAGGCGCACGAGCAGGCACAGAAUAUGGGGACUCAGCACCGAACAAAAGUGGAUGUACCUGAUCAUGUUCUUUACACUGUAGGCUCCAGUGUUCUUGUAAUAGGUUGUGUUGGAAUUACAGGAAACCUCCUAGUCCUCUAUGCAUUUUACAGCAACAAGAGACUGAGGACACCACCAAACUAUUUUAUAAUGAAUUUAGCAGUAAGUGAUUUCCUGAUGUCUGCAACUCAGGCUCCAAUCUGCUUUCUCAACAGCAUGCACAAGGAAUGGAUACUUGGAAAUAUAGGUUGUAACCUGUAUGCUUUUUGUGGGGCACUCUUUGGAAUAACCUCGAUGAUGACUCUAUUAGCUAUUUCCAUCGAUCGCUACUGUGUGAUUACUAAGCCUCUGCAGUCCAUAAAGAGGACUUCAAAGAAACGCACAUGCGUGAUCAUCUUCUUUGUCUGGCUCUACUCACUGGGAUGGAGUGUGUGUCCGCUGUUUGGGUGGAGUUCCUAUAUACCUGAAGGUUUGAUGAUAUCCUGUACAUGGGACUAUGUAACCUAUUCUCCAGCAAACCGAAGUUAUACCAUGAUGUUAUGUUGCUGUGUGUUCUUCAUCCCCUUGAUGAUAAUCUUCCAUUGCUAUAUAUUCAUGUUUCUGGCCAUCAGAAGUACCGGCAGGAAUGUCCAGAAGUUAGGCUCAACCUAUGGCCGGAAAUCCUCUGUCUCACAUUCCAUCAAGAGUGAAUGGAAGCUGGCCAAAAUCGCUUUUGUGGCCAUUGUGGUGUUUGUCAUCUCCUGGUCUCCGUAUGCUUGUGUUACUCUUAUUGCGUGGGCAGGUCAUGCCAGCACCUUAACUCCGUACUCUAAAUCUGUGCCAGCUGUUAUUGCCAAAGCUUCUGCGAUCUACAAUCCCAUAAUCUAUGCAAUCAUUCAUCCAAGAUACAGGAGAACCAUCCGGAGUGCUGUUCCUUGCUUGAGAUUUUUAAUACGAAUAUCAAAAAGUGAUCUUUCAACCAGUUCCAUAAGCGAGUCGUCCUUCCGGGCAUCUGUAUCCAGCCGUCACUCUUUUGCUGCCAGGAACAAGAGCGGUUGUGUUUCUUCCAUUUCUGCUGCAGAAACAGCUUGGAGUGAUGUGGAGCUUGACCCUGUGGAGCCAGUCCAUAAGAAACUGCAACCUCGUCGAAGCAACUCUCUUUCGGCAAAACCAGAAGAAAAGUGUGAAUUGCUCCUGAAGACCCACAGCUACAGUGCAGCAGCUGACAAAAAGGUUGCACUGUCAUCCCUCAGCCUGGAGGAACCGCUUCAGAGAUCCCUAGGAGAGAACUCCUCAGAACUCCUGCUCAGAAGCAGUUCUUUGAGAACGGCUUCUCUUCCAUUUGGCUUGAGUUGUAGCAGCAUGGGGGAAAGCACAGACACUUCUCCCACAGAAGUUGAAGAAAACCAAAUGAAUGGAGGCCUAGACUCAUUCACGAGCCCUAUCCUUCCACAAAUUGUUAUCAUUCCUACCUCAGAGACCACCCACUCUGAAGGGGAAACUGAGCAAGACAAUGGGCAAGAAGGAAAUAGAGAUGUAUUAUUAUCUCAAAGAAAUAAUCACCUGUUGGACAUCGGAAGGCUUAACUCCUCCACCGACCUCCUUGAAGCAAUUGAGAAGCUUCUCAUCAAUUAGAAGAGAAAGAGAAAACUAUCUGGUCUAUGUUUCCCUGGCUGCUUCUUUGCAUUAUUAUACCAAAAAUGGGAGCUUUGUAGAAGACUUUUUGUAUUUUUUUAAAUGCAAUUUUUAGGCCAUUCCUGGAUUUUAUG